AUGAGAGACACCCACAACCACAACCACAUCCACACCCGCACCCGCCGUCCCAUCCACACCCGCACUAACCUCCGCACCUGUGCCUGUGCCUGCACCUGCACCUGCAUCCACACCCACAUCCGUACCCUCACCCGAAUCCGUACCCGCACCCACAUCCGUACCCUCACCCGCAUCCGCUCCAACCUCCGCAACCUCAACCGCACCCACAUCCGCACCCGCACCCACACCCGCUCCAACCUCCGCAACCUCAACCGCACCCACAUCCACACCCGUACCUUCACCCGCAUCCGCACUCGCACCCACUUCCACACCAACAUCCGCAUCCGCAUCCACACCCAUACAUGGAACGGCUUCCUUGUCGAACUGGCCAAGAACUUUCAGGAGAAUAUGGAAACUCCCCUACACUGUAACAUUCCGCAUCACCCACUGUCAGUAGAGAUGUGA